GACUCGCAGGGCACACACACCACGUACCUCGCUCGCACAGCAAACACACACGAAGGCAGUUUCGCCUUCUUCUUCGCGUUCUCUGCAUCUCCUCUCUCGUGUGUCUGCAGUUGCUGCUUGUUGUUUUCUGCCGUGCCCACCAGCCAGUUCACCAGCCAGUUCACCACCCGAGCACCCCGACCGAGAGCCAGCUUCCAGCCCUUCUUCGUGUGACCUGUGCCCUCAGCAAAGAAAUACACCCUCCCCCACUGUCACAGCUCAAUUGCUCUUGUUGCAUCUCAGCGAGAGCAGCCACAUCAGCAAAACAGAACAAAACGAAGUUCCCUGAUCAGCUGCUGAUCUCUGCCGACUGCUUGCCUGCGCGUGUUCCGUUUCCCUGCAUCGGAAAUCACACCCAGCUGCCAACCAACCGCCAACAAUGGACAAGUCUGGAGACCCAAAGCCCCGUCGCUCCUCUGCCCGCGACACGUUGUCCACGAGCCGCCACGACGCUGCUCGGCCCAACCCUUACCGCUACAGCCGCAAGACCAUCCUUGAGCUGUUCAACCCUUCUGUCCCUGCUCCCGACGGCCUUGACGACUGUGGCGAGCUGUACUCCAAGCAGGUUUCCAAGCCGCUCGGUCUGACCGACUGGACGGACGCCGAGCUGGAGGUUCGCCGCGAGGGUCCGCCACCUGCUGCCCGUCGUGAACCAGCGCGUUCUGAUGUGCAUAACCCGCGCGUCCCCGCUGGCCGUGGUGGCCGUGGCUUCUUCUCCCGCACCAGCGACCGCCUGCCAAACCGCGGCCGAGGCCAUGCUCCCGAAGGCCACUACGUCCGCGUCGACUUUGGCGGAGCACCCAGCAGCCCCAAGUCGUAUGGCAACCGCCCCCGCGUUCCCCGUGGCCGCCGCCCCAUAUCGGAGGCGCACGCCUUCCAGCGCAACUGGCGCCGCUCGGAUACGGACGAGCCUGCUGCCCCUUCCCGCGGCAAUGGUGGUCGCCAGGACACGGCCUGGGAGGAGCCAAACGACGCCGAUCCUUUCACCUUCUCUGGUGGCCGCAGAAGCCGCCACAACUCGACCAAGGAACCUCCCGCCCCACCUGGACUUGACACCGACACCGCCGCUGCCCCCACCAUGCCCAAAUGGAACUACAUUGACAAGAAAGGCAUCAGCCAAGGCCCCUUUGAGAGCAACUCCAUGCACCACUGGCUUUCCAACAACUUCUUCAAGGACGACCUCCCCGUGAAGCGUGCCUCGGACUCUGGUUUUGUCACCCUCAAGCAAGUGUUUGAGUACCUGAAGCAGCGCAACAUCCCAGCUGACCACCUCUUUGCCAAGCCCCUGCCCACCGAUUUCGACGACUUUAUGGCCACCGCUACCGCCAGCAGCACGGAGCCCUCCGCCGAUACGACCGCCAACGCCACCGCCGCCCCCGCAGCCGCUGCAGCGGCCGUCCAGCAACAGCAACAGCACCAGCAACAACAGCAGCAGCAGCCAGUGCAAGCCGAGCAGCAUUCCCUUCCAUCUACGCCCCUUCGCUCUGAAGCCCCACUCCAAGUGUCCCAACCGCCAGCAGCCCAGCAGCAGCAGAUGCCCCAGUCUCCAAUGCAGCAGCAUGUGCCGAGCGCGCAGCAGUACUUUGCACCCGCACAGGAUCGCCAGCACCCGCAGCACCAUCAGCAGCAGCAGCAGGCCCACGGUAUGUACCAGCAAGGUGCCGCCAUGUCCCCACACGCCCAGAGCAUGCACCCGUCCUCCCAAGCGCAGCAGCCACCCAACGUGUGGCAGCAGCAGCAGCAGCGCACCUCGUCCUUUGGUUCUGUGAGUGAAAUGCCUGGCCAGAGCGCGGUCGGAACGUUGCAGAUGGGGUCACCAUCUUCACACGUUGAGGCGCCCUCCUCCCCCAGCGCCUAUCCGAACGCUCCCUACCACCAGCAGCACACCCCUUCGCACCAGGACUACCGCGCACACCAAUACGCCCAGCAGCAGCAGCAGCAGCAGCAGCCCCAACAAUAUGCCCCACAACACCAGCACCAGCAGGCCAUGUAUCAGCAGCAGCAGCAGGUACACCACCAGCCGGCCUCCGCUGCAUCCUCAGCGACCCACCCCAUGCUGAUGACGUCGCAAGCGACAGAAGGCCCCGUCCACGCCCCUCAGCACGGCACCGAUCUGCUGGCGCACUUGCGCGCCGGUUCCAACGCCCCUUCCGCUCCGGUUCAGCCCCAGCAGCAGCAUCAACAGCAUCGUCAGGUGUCCCAGCAGUUCCAGCAGUCGCCUCAGCAGGCCCCUGCUUACCAGCAUGAAGACCAGCGUGCAGCCAUGCUUGCACAACAACAGCAGCAACAGCAGCGCCAGCGCCAGGCCUCUGUUGGCUCUGGUCCAGGGACGCCUGCUGCUGUGGGCAGCUUUGACCUGCCAGCGGACGCAAACCAGUGGUCGCUGGAGACAGUGACGCAGCGCAUUGGCGUUGUGCGCACCGCCCACAAGCAGCUGCACAGCGAGGCGGCAGCGCUGGCAGAGACCAUGAGCGGCUUGAUGGCCGAGCACAAGGCGAUCCAGCAGCAGCAGGCGCAGGCGCCGCCCGAGCUUGCCGCGCGGCUGCACCAGGUGCUUGAGACGGUGACUGCCCGCGCGGAGGAGGUGGGCCAGCGCUACCGCCAGCUGCAGGAGAGCGACAUCCAGAUGCAGCAGCAUCAUGCCCAGCUGCUUGCGCUGCAGCAUUCGAUUGCCGCCAAGCACGCACAGCAGCAGCAGCAGCAACAGCAGCAACAACAACAACAGCAGCAGCAACAGCAUCAUCAGGUGGCUCCAACACAGGUUCAGCAACCUGCUGCUCAACAGCAGCAGCAAGCGCUGCCGCAGCAGCAGGGCGGGGCUAGUCGCACUUCCACCAGCAGGGCACCCUUGCCGCGCAUUGAAUCGCUGGCACUUAACGACCAGGUCGCGCCUGCAGCCACAGACGGCGACGACCACGACGACGUGUUUGUGGAUGACAGCGGCAAGCAGUCGCAGGGUGCGUGGGGCGAGGUUCCCGUGCACCACGACGGCGACAACUGGGACAUUGAGGGUGUCACCGAGACGCAGUGGGACGACAGCCAGCAGGCAUCCAAGGAAGCUGACAAGAAGGCACAGCCGAAGAAGGCGGCGCCUGCUCCCACAGCGGCCGCGUCGUCAGCGAGCGGCAAGCCGUCUGCGUGGGGCCGCAACGCGCGUCGCAGUGGCUCUGCGGCAGCGGCUGCAGACACCAGCAACCCGACCGCGCCCACAACAGCAGCACCCGUAGCAGCGCCUCCCACGGCGGCGAAGAGCACACACCAGCCGUCGCUGUCUGAGAUUGAGGCCGAGCAGGCGCGCAUUGCCAAGGAGCAGGAGGAGGAGCGCAAGCGCAUCGAGGAGAACCAGAUGCGUCUCAUGAUGACGGUGACUCAGGCCAAGAGCCGCGGUGCCGCCACCACAGCUGCGUCCAACGGCGGUGCGACGAGCGGUGCUUGGACGCAGCCGUCUGCGUGGGGCUCUCAGAGCAAGGCUGCACCGACCCUGAGGGACAUUGAGCGUCAGGAACAAAUGAGGCAGAAGCAAAUCAAGAAGAAGCAGCAGCAGCGCAUGCAAAGCGCGGCAGUUCCUCCCGCUGCCAAGGGCAAGUCGUGGCUCCAGGCUGUUGGCGCAGACCCAGCCCCGCCACCAGUGCAGAAGGGUCGGUCGUUGCUGGACAUCGAGGCUGAGGAGCGCACGCGUACUGUGCAACGAAAGCCCGCAGCCACUGCCACCGCCAAGGUUGCCGCCAAGGCGCCCGUGCCGUGGUCCGCAGGCGCCAAGGGCAACCAGGCAUCCGCACCCCAGGCGAGGCACCAGCACCAGCAGCAUAGGCCUGCGCAACGGCACGCUGACGAAGAUGACUCCUUCUGGGGCUCUGUCACCGCCCGCGCACCCCCGUCAUCGUCUGCAAAGACGGUGUCCAAGCCUUCAUCUGCCAUCGCCGCUCGCAAGACCCCUGUCAAGGCGAGCAAGAGCAAGGGCAAGGGCAAGGGCGGCAAGAACGCUGCCAAGGAGGUGCCGAUUCGCAAGGAAUUUAUGGGCUGGUGCAAAAAGGAGAUUGGCGCGCUGACGAGCGACGUGGAUGCGGAGACGCUUGUGAAGGUGCUGCUUGAGAUUCCACAGCCGGAGGACGUGAUUGACUUUGUCACGGAGCAGCUGGGCGAGCGCGCCCGCAAGUUCUCCAAGGCGUUCCUGCAGAAGCGCGCGACGGCGUUUGAGGGCGACGCGGGACAGGUGUUGCCGACGGUGGAUGAUGACUCGUGGCAGCCGUCCAAGUCCACGAAGACCAAGAAGAAGCGGCGGUUCAAGAAGGUUUCCGGCCCAGACCUGCUCACCUUCAACGUCGCCCCAGGGUCAAGCCUCAACCGCGGUGGCCGCGACUUUGCAAAGUGAUGCGUGUGCUCGCCGCCGUGGCACCGCCAUGUGCCUUGGUUGAAUGGAAUGACACUGGUGGGAAGUUCAUGGGGAGGUGGCGUUGUGAUUUGACAGCAAGAAGGCAAGGGGUACUGGAUUCAGCUCACCACCCACCAGUGGUGGACUGUGUGUAUCGUGAUGGUCAUUGUUCUUCGCCCUCUACAGUGCGUGGCGUUGAGUUGAAAGCCCCUUGUUCUUGAGCUGUGUUCUCCCAUGCGCCUCUCGCUCGCUUCCCGCUUCAUGUGCGUGUAUGUGUAUGUGUUGCGAUGUGAUGUGAAGAUACGUUGAUGAUGAUGAUGAUGAUGA